UGCAGCCCAACUGCCUCUUACAGCCGGGAUACAGGGAAAGGUCGCUCCUCUGCGCAUCCCACUCCAGCGCUGCCUCCUUGUCCCAUUCAGCGCUAAUGCCUGCGGCUGCGCUGCGCUGCUAUUUGCACAGGAGAUCGCAGUGACAUCCCGGUGCGACUCAGACCGACUCCAGUCGGGGGAGGAUAACUUGGUGCUACAUUGGGGCGUUCUUGGUUAAGGGACACACGAUCAGUCGCACCGAGUAUGUGCAAAAAGAGAAGGACUGGGCUGCGACUAGACGCGCAGAUUUGCCUAAUAGCCCUGGGAAGGAGAAGUUUGGAGUAAAAAGAGUCAAGUGAUGUGGAAAAAACACACGGAGAGCAGAAAACCAUCAUCGAGACACAAACUCGGCGCACAGGUCGACAAUGGUAGCUGGGAUCCACUCUCUGCUCCUGCUGCUGUUUUACCAGAUUUUGCUGAGUGGCUGCACCGGACUUAUACCAGAGGAAGGCAAGCGGAAGUACACGGAAUCUGGUCGCUCGUCUCCGCAGCACUCCCAGAGUGUACUCAACCAGUUCGAGCUCCGGCUGCUCAAUAUGUUUGGCUUAAAGAGGCGUCCAACGCCUGGCAAAAACAUUGUGAUCCCACCCUACAUGCUGGACUUGUACCACCUGCAUUCAGGUCAGCUGGCUGCUGAUCAAGACAGUUCCCCCAUGGACUACCAGAUAGAGCGUGCAGCUAGCCGAGCAAACACCGUUAGGAGCUUUCACCAUGAAGAAUCCAUGGAAGAAAUUCCCGAGUCUGGCGAGAAAACAAUCCAACGAUUCUUCUUCAACCUUUCUUCAGUUCCGAACGAGGAGCUGGUCACUUCUGCCGAGCUACGGAUUUUUCGAGAGGGGGUCCAGGAGCCAUUUGAGGGUGACAGCAGCAAACUUCAUCGGAUUAAUAUUUAUGAUAUUGUCAAGCCAGCAGCGGCUGCCUCCCGGGGCCCCGUUGUAAGACUAUUGGACACCAGACUGAUACAUCAUAACGAAAGCAAAUGGGAAAGUUUUGAUGUGACACCGGCAAUUACACGGUGGAUUGCACAUAAACAGCCGAACCAUGGGUUUGUUGUUGAAGUGACUCACUUGGACAAUGACAAAAAUGUGCCGAAGAAGCAUGUGAGGAUUAGCAGGUCUUUAGUCCCAGAUAAAGAUAGCUGGCCUCGGAUACGGCCGUUGUUGGUGACUUUUAGCCACGACGGCAAAGGACAUGCGCUUCACAAAAGAGAAAAGCGACAAGCAAGGCACAAACAACGGAAACGCCUUAAAUCGAGCUGCAGGAGGCAUCCGUUGUAUGUCGAUUUCAGCGACGUUGGUUGGAAUGACUGGAUUGUUGCCCCACCGGGGUAUCAUGCCUUUUACUGCCACGGGGAAUGCCCUUUCCCACUGGCAGACCAUUUAAACUCUACAAACCACGCUAUCGUGCAGACUUUGGUGAAUAACGUCAACCCAAACAUCCCCAAAGCUUGCUGUGUACCCACAGAACUCAGCGCCAUCUCCAUGCUCUACCUGGACGAGAACGAAAAAGUAGUAUUAAAAAAUUAUCAGGACAUGGUGGUGGAGGGGUGCGGCUGCCGUUAGGAAGGGUACACGCCGGCCGGCGGCGAGACAGAAAGCUGACACUUUAAUAUUUCCUUUUUUUUUUUGGAGACUAUAUUUAUGCAUUGAAAAAAAAAAUGAUGAAACAAUUAUUUUGAAAAAUAUAUUUAUGCCUACACGGAGGUUGGGAAGCAAAUAUUUUAAUCAGAGAAAUAUUCCUUUUUUUUUUUUUAGUUGUACAUUUUAUAAGGGUUUGUACCCAGCACAUGAAGUAUAAUGGUCAGAUUCCUAUUUUGUAUUUAUUUACCAUUAUAACCACUUUUUUAGGAAAAAAAAAUAGUUGUUUUUGUAUUUAUAUGUAACCAACAGAGAAAAUAUAGGGUUUGUAAAUAUGUUCCUGAAUGCAGAUUCAGCGUUUUUUUCUUUUUUUAACUUAUGUAUACGCAGCUGGUUAUAUGGCAAGUUUUAUAUUUUCUACAAAGCUCAUUUUUAAGGUCGUUCGUUAUGGAAGUGAUCACGGAUUGGUCCAUUCGCCAGUCCUCCAUAUUGUGCAAUUAACAUGCAUUUUGCAAUGUAGGAAGUCCGGUGUGCAUUUAGAAUUGGAAUAACUGCCUGAUACAACUACUGCCAUUUUCAGUUGUUUUUUUUGCGAAUUCAUUUUGGGCCAGUAGAAUUUUUAUUUUUUUUUUCCUUUUUUAUUUUUUUUUUCUUUAAAAUUAAAGAAAAAAAAAUAAAGCUUGGCGGGGUGGGAAGAACAUUGGAAAGUGGCAUGAUUUAAAAUAAAAAGUUCUUAAAUUUGACAAAAGAGUUCAACUAUCACGCGCACAAGUGCUUCUGGGAUUCUACACAGCAGUAGCUUGGACUUUCUUAAAAAUAUCUUAAAAAUAUUUAAUUUAUUUAAAGAUUUGUGUUUUUUUUCCCCCUUCUGCUGUUUUUUUUCUGCCUUUUUUGUUUUCUACUGAACUUUUCUCUCAUCUACUUUUUUGUGUUACAAUUUCUUUUCUUUUUUUUUUUUUCACCACGGUCUUUGCAGUCACCACUCUUUUUAUUGCCUCGUGAAUUUUGUGUUAAAGGACAACCAUUUAAAAAAAAAAAAAAAAAAA